GGACAUCAACUAUUUCACAAUCACUCAUUUUUUCGACAUCAAUUCCAAACUUUAUCCCUCGCCAGUUGCUUUCAGUUCUCUACUUCUUCUUCCUUCUUUUUCUUCCGUCCCAGUUCAUCACGUAGUCUUCCUUCUCAUAUGUCUUGCCUUCCGUCCCAGUUCAUCUCGUUGUCUCCAUCACUACCGCAAACUUUUACCCCAGAUUCCAGUGGAACUGGUGCAAAGGAUUCUCAGUGUUGGGUUAUGGGUUUUUGGCGAAGAAGGCGCUGAUGAUGGAUGUUGAUGCCGAAGUUCGCCGCCAUAGACGUUGAUGCUGCAGAUCUAGAAUCAGAGAUGACGAUGGAGUAGGAAGUCCUAUUGCAACGCUGCAGAGCUUUGGAAUCGGUGGUCAGUGGAGACAACGAGAUUUGGAAUCAGAGAUGAUGAUGGACCAUGGCACACGAAAUACAAAUCAAAAGUUGGAGAACAACUCCAAAACAUUAUACAUCCCCUUUUCAUAACCCCAAAGUUGUCUUCCUUUCGGCCGAGAAAAGAGAAAAAAUAUUGCAAACAAAGGGAAGAGAGGGUUUCACCAUUGUUAAGUGUUGACGAUGAAGAAAAGAUUGGGUUAAAAUUGGGGACACAAUUGUAAUUUUAAGGCUGUCUUUUGAAAACCCUCGUUCGAUUCCAAACGAGUUAUUUCUUGUGAAUCCUAUGUUUAAAUUCCCUAGUUUUUUAAACGCGGUAUUUUAAUCACAAUCCUAGGUUUUAGAAAAACCUCAUCCAAAUGACCCCCUAAGAGGAGGGAUUUUAUGAAAUCCCUCAGAAAGUAUAAGGUGGAUGUGGUUGUUGUAUUGGAGAUAAGGGUUAAAAGAAAAGGCAGAAAAAGUACUGAAAAAUUGUUUUGAAGGUUGGGAGAGAGAGCUCAAUUAUGUGGAUUCGGAUCUCGGAAGGACUUGGCUCUUCUAGUCACCAACUAUUAAAUUACAUGUCAUCAAGAUGGGUUAAAACUUUAUACUUUCUGUUACUAAAGGCAUGAUGAUGUUCUUAUCUUUGUGACAACAGUUUAUGGAUCAAAUGAUGAAUUAGAAAGGCGUGGUACUUAUGAUGAAAUAAGUAGGUUACAGGUGAAGUACAGAUCUUGGAUAGUAGGUGGAGAUUUCAUUGCAGUGGUUCACCCUUUGGAGACUUCUAAUCUACUUUCUAAGUCGUCUAGUAUGGUUGAUUUUGAGCACUUGUUGAAUGAUAUGGAACUGAUGGACUACCACACAAUGGGACCUUUGUUCACAUGGGCAAAUAAUCAUACAGGAAAUCAUAUAGCUAGACAACUGAAAAAGUUGUGGUGAAUGUUGAGUCGGUAGAGAGCUUUCCAGACUGUUCUAUGGAAGCUGUAGUGGCCCCUUUCUCGGAUCACUAUGGCAUCCUAGUUGCUUCAACUCCUUUGAUCAAGUCUCUGCCCAAGGCUUUCAAGUACUUCGAGUUCUGAGAAACACAUCCGGAGUUUCUCUCUAUUGUGGAGUAAGCUUGGUAUAUUGAAGUACAAGGAUGCCCUUGGUAUGUGAUUCAUUGCAAGAUGAAAUCUAUGAAGAAAGCUCUUCGCAAACUAAACAGAGAAGUUUAUAGUGAUAUUAGUGAGAAAGUCAGGCAGGUGGAGCAACAAUUGAUGACACUCCACCAAGAAUCUUUGAUGCAUCCUGAUGAAAAUUCUUCCAGGGCAAAGAAGGCUAUGCAACUUCAAUAUGAUGAGCUAAGAAAGCAGAAGGAUAGCUUUUACUGGCAAAAGUCGAGGAUUGGUUGUUUGACUAGGGGAGACAAGUGUAAUAAAUUUUUUCAUCAAUCGCUAAAAGUUCGAAAUUCCAAGAAAGCCAUAAGGAAGUUGAUAAGUGAAGCUGGGGAAGAGUUGGUGGACAUCGAGUUGAUUGCGGAUGAGGCUGUGAGUUAUUACAAGAACCUAUUUGGUGUGGUCAACAAAAAUUUGUUGUGAAUGAGGAUCGUAUUAUACCUAUGAUUACUAAAAAAGUACCAGAGGAAGUUCCUCGCUUACUCUAUUCUCCAGUGAUGCCUAAGGAUAUAAGAAGGGUCUUUUUUUUAUCUCAAUAGUCAGAAGGCAGCGAGUCCUGGUGGAUUUUCAGCGGGCUUCUUUAAGAAAACAUGGCAGUUAAUUGGUGAUGGCAUCGUUGCAGGUAUCUUGGAUUUCUUCUCCACUAAUAGAAUGUUGAGUGGUAUUAAAGCAACUGUGGUUUCUCUUUGUCCGAAAAUUGCAAAUGCUGAAAAACUAAAGGACUUUAGACCUAUCUGAUGUGUUAAUGUGCUAUAUAAAUGUGUGUCAAAGAUUCUUGCAAACCGCAUUAGGGAUGCAAUACCUCACAUUAUCAGUGAUAAUCAAACAACUUUCAUCCAGGGUAGAAGAAUAAUGGACAAUAUUCUAUUAGCUCAGGAAUUAGUUACUGGAUAUCAGUGUAAGCAGCUCUCUUCGAGGUGUGCCAUUAAGGUAGACCUAAUGAAAGCUUUCGAUUCAGUUAACUGGGAAUAUUUGUUCAAGUUAUGGAACUAGUGGACUUUCUAGCUCAGUUUAGAGAGUGGAUUAGAGUUUGUUUAUCUACUACACAUUUUAGUAUCAGUCUCAAUGGAGGGCUUUGUGGGGUUUUCAAAGCGAGAAAGGGAAUUAGACAAGGAGACCCUUUGUCUCCGUACCUCUUUUGCAUUGCUAUGGAGGGACUGUCUGGUCUAUUGAAUAAUGCUAGCUCGCCCAAGCUUCUGCCUUAUCCUCCGCUAUGCAGUAAGGUAGGGCUAAAUCACUUGAGUUUUGCGGAUGAUCUACUCAUAUUCACUACAGGGUCUGGUCAAUAUCUUCUUCGGGUAAAAUCUCUUCUCAAAGACUUCUACUAUCUUUCUGGUCUAAAGUGUAAUAUGGGGAAGUGUGAAGUCUACUAUGGAGGAGAAUCCGUGCAUUUUAGCUUACUGCUAUUGCGGUUUCUGGGUUUAAGGUAGGAGCACUUCCAGUUCAUUAUCUUGGACUGCCUCUGCUAUCAAGAAAGCUUAGCUCGGCUGAUUGUGCAAUUUUACUUGACAAACUCACGAUGCGUAUCUGAUCUUGGAGAGCAAAGAGUCUUUCAUAUGUAGGAAGACUGCAGUUGGUUACCUCUGUGUUAGUGGGAAUGGUUCAAUACUGGUUUCGGAUGUUUGUUUUCCCUAAGAAGUUCCUGCGACAGCUACAGAAGGUAUGUGCUGAUUUUCUUUGGCAUGGUGGAGAGGCUGGUCGUGCAAAGGUAGCUUGGGAGAGAAUUGCUUUACCACGCAUAGAGGGUGGAAUAGGGCUACGAGACCUUCUUGCUUGGAACCAAGCAUGCACUGCCAGGAUGCUUUGGAUCCUCAUGAUGCGUUCUGGAGCUCUUUGGGUUGCCUGGAUGUUGGCUUACCGCUGCAAAAAUGGGGAUCGAUGGACUAUAAAGAUUAAUGCUUCAAGUUCAUAGGCAUGGAGGCGUAUCCUGAAGUUAAGGGCUGAUGUUCACUCGUACAUGGGGUUGUAGGGGACUGUAGGCGUGUGGAAUGGGCAACAUAUGCCUUUGUAUUUUGUUAGUCGUCUAUAUGAUACACUCCGUCCUCAUGGCAGCAAUAUGGUCUGGUAUCACCUAAUAUGGGAUAAGUUCUCUAUUCCAUGUUGGAGUGUGAUUGCUUGGAUUAUGGUCAUGAAUGCUAUGGUUACUAUUGGACAGUGAUGAUGGAUGUGUUCUGUAUAGGCAGAGUAGUGAGACGAGGGACCAUUUGUUUUUUGAAUGUAGUUUCUCGCAGAGGGUGAUGUGUGGCAUGGAUCUGGGUUUGAGAAAUAGUACGUGGGAUUCCUGGCUAUUAGAGGACUGUGUGAUGACUUGGUAUUUGCACAUGUUUCCCCCUUUGUUUCUUGAUUGUUUGAGCUUGAAUUAUUGCGUCUUUGGCCUAUUUUAUGCUAGGUUGUGUUCCUUUGUCCCAUUUCAGGUCCUAGCACAUAAAGUGAAGCAUAGGCGCAAGUUUCAAGUCAAUCAGAGAUCAAUUGACGAUUCGAGAGAAGAAACUCGGGCAUGACCUGAAGAAGAAUGGAUUUCUACCUCACUUUAUGGACAAAGAAUCAUGCAAGCUUGUUAUGAAACGAAAGAGGACGAGACUACGAGCGUCUGGGAUCAAACGGCGAUUGAUUCGGAGUCCGGACGAGGGAGAAACGAAGCAUUAAACAGAGGCUGAGCAAGCUGCACGGGCAGACCAGCGUGGCCACGCACGGCCGUGCAAGUGACCAUUUUGGCCGUGCGGGAUUGUGCGUGGGCACGCACGGGCACAAGUGAAAUCCGCACGGCCGUGCAACAUACAAUUCUGGCCGUGCGAGUUGGCUGAGGUUCAACUAAUUGAUACGCCGCGUUUUGAGGUGCACGGCCAGAAUGGUGAUGUGCACGGCCGUGCACCCUGGCCGUGCGAGUCGGGAAUGGCUGUUUUUAACCCAAAUUCGAGCCAAAGGAGAGAGAGAGCUGGGUUUUGGAUCCCAAACACCCAAGGGACGAACCCUAGAGAGAGAGAGCGACUUGGAAACUUUCUUGGAGCUAUUUUGGAGGAUUUCUUCGCCAUUGGAGCUCGGGAAUCAAGCUUGGAGAUGGAGAUUGAAGAUCUAGAUCAGAUUUCUGCAGUCUCUCUCUUCUCUAUGGAGUAACUUCCCUUCACUUAGGUUUUGAGGAACCUUAGUUCCAUGAGUUAGGAUCUUUCUUGUAUGAAGUUUUGGAUGCUAUAUUGUUUGAUUAUAAUCGAAUGAUGCAUGUUUAUUGAGUCAAUUGAAGUCUGAUCAACUUUUCCUGAUUCCUGCUGCAAUCUGAGAUAGAUAGAAUCUGAUUAGGUUGCUAGAGUCUCAUCAUUCGGUAGUAGGAGAUUGGCUAUACGAGAGUUAGCCAGUUUACUGCUUUGUACUGGAAUCCAAUUCCAGUAGUGGAGUUCUGUGCUUAUUGCUUCAGCUUUCUAUCCCGGUGAAGACUAGUCGUCUGCCGGAUAGUUAGACUGAGAGGGCUUGGUCAGCUUAAGAGAUUCCAAGCUACUGUCGGAUCUUCCGCAGUUUAAUCAACAGUAAAUCAACCAAAAUGAAUUACAACUUGGACCUAAUUGAGGAGCUAGGGGGAAUCAUACCUAAGUGAGUUCCCAAACUGUAAUUAGUAGUUUUACUUAGUUUAGUUAGUAGAGUAGUUUAGUUAAUCAAUCCUUAAUCUAGUUUGCUAGAUAAUGAACUGAAGCUGAGUAAUAGUAACUCUAGAGACCCGUGGAUUCGAUAUUUAUUACUUGUGCCACUAUAUUGCAGUCCCUUUCAUUGGUUACACUUGGCCAUUGUUAGGUGUUGUGUUUUAGAGCAUCACUGUGCUAUAGCGAGAAAACACACAUCUGUGGGUAGGCUGUACUGUUUACUUUGGACAUCUUUGAUUACCUUCUUCUGGCAGAAGCGGUGUUGAAGAAGUCAUGGGGAAAGUCCACGAGCAGCUGAAGUAGUUGUAGAUCUUUGGAAAUUUGAUUUACAUUUUGUAAUUAGAGGGUUUCCGUUGCUAAUGAAUGAUUGCCAACGGGCGGGUCUUCCUUUUGUUAUGGUAUAGAGAGCAGUGUUUUAGUAGUACAGUGGGAGGUGUGGGUUGUUUUUGGGUUUUGCUUUGUUUCAUGGGUAGUCCCAUGCUGGGAUAUGCCCCCUGUUGUAAUCAGUUUUGGUGAGACUAAUUGGUCUCACUGUUUGAUUGUGCUACUGGAAAAGGAAACUAAUUAAACAAAAAAAAAAUAUUUUUUAUUAAUAGAAAAAGGUAUGGAACGGUGAAUAUUGUAUUUAAUAGUAAAGUAGUGGAUGAAAAGUGAGAAAUAUCUAUUAAUGCUAUCACUGUAAGAAUAUAUUUUCAAGGACAAAAUUCUCUCAUUAAUUAUAAGUUUAAUUAUUUUGUAACUUGACUCGUUCUAACUACAACAUCCCAAUCGCGGGUCAAGUAUAACUGGCGACCGGGUGUAGCAUUAGCCAAGCAAGCAAUAAGAAUUUAUCGUACAACGGGGAUCUAGGAUUACCCUACUUCAGGUUUAGGGUUCGUUAUCUAGCCAAACUAGGAUAGUGAUUAAUAAAACUAAGCUAACUAACCCAGACUAACCACUAACCUAGCUAUUUACAAGGUAUGGAAGUCUCCUGGUUUCAAUCCCCCUAUUUCCAACCCUUGGAUCGAUGUUGAGUACCAUCCUAACUUGAUCGACCCACUAUCCUACCGUUAGGAAUGAACUCCCUCGGGACGGACCCGAAACGGCGAUGAUGGACGAGUGGUGCUCUAUUCAACCUAAGACACCCCUAUAUCGUAGGAGCUCGGUCCAAUUGACUCCCUCGGGGAUUGCCCGGAUGAUAUGGUGUGAGGAGUUGUUUCCCUCCUAGGUCAAAAGCACGAUUGACUCAAUUACUCUAUCGUUAUGAGAUGGACUCCCUCGGCAAUGAUCCGAAAUAGCAAAUCGAUGAAUGUGGUAGGCUCUAUUCAACCUAGAGCAACCCUAUAUCAUAGGAGAUAGAUGGAAUCGAAUCCUUUGGGGUUUACCCAGAUGAUAUAGGGUGAGGAGCGACCCGAAGACGCCAAGAAUGGGCUCUAUGGGGAUUUUCUCCCUCCUAUGUCAAAAGCUCAAUACAUGAAAAUGGGAACC